AUGGCGACAUUGUUCAAGUCUGUCAAACGAGACUUACAAGCCGACGUCGCCAUAGGAGGCAUCAAGGACGCAUCGGACAGCGAGAGCGACUCAAGCUCGAAUGAGUCCGGUUCAGAGCGAGACGAUGCCGAGGAGGAGGAUGCAAGCGACGGUGAACAGUCGAGCGAGGCGUCAGAUGAUCGUCCGUCUGGCUUGCCGACACUAGCCCAAGUGCUGCAAGACCCUAUCUUUGUGGCAGAGGUGGGCCCUUCUGCUCGUGCAAUCAAACGACAAAAGAGGAACAAGCCAGAGACGAAAGAGGUGGAGCCCAGGGAUCGCAUCGUGUGCAUCGUCUGUCUGCUCAAACAGAUCACUGACGAGCGAAUGAGAGAUUUGCAUUUGUCCAGCAAACCACACAAGCGUCGUCUCGAACGUUUCAAGAAGCGAGUCGAAGGGCUUGGGAAACGCGAGAGGAAGCAGUACGAUAAGGACCCUACGAUGCUCGUCGAGCUCAUGGACGAGGAAGAGGACUCGGCGCGUGCAAAAACGUCAGAGACGAAAGAGGAGCGAAGAGCGAGGAAGAAGAAGGAGAAGAAAGCUGCGAGACCCAAACGUGCGCCAAGGGAGCCACCGAGCGAAGAGGUCAAGCUUGCCCGUGCAGAGAAACGCAAGCGCAAGCGAGAAGCGAGAUCGAAGCGACUUGCCGCGCCCGAACCUCAGCCUUCAGAGCUAGCAAAGCCAAACACGGGCGAGGACGGGGCUGAAAGCGAGGUCUAG